GUCCGCGAGCGGCGGCUUCGAAACGGUCAGCGCGCGGGGCGGGAGAGUGGGCACGAGCGGCACCGGCAGCGGGACACCGGGAUCCAGCGGGCACGAGCACCGAGAUUCGGUCUCCGCCUCUGCAUCGACUAGACGGCGGCGUCGGUUGAAGAUGCGGUCGGAGGUGUUUCGCUGUAGAUGUGCAAAAUGUUUUUUGCUACUUGCAAAACAAAGAUUGAAGAAAAGUGCACCAGCCAUGACACUACUCAGUCUUCCAACUGAUGUGUUGCUUUAUGUUUUGCAAUGUCUUCCUGCUCAGGAUAUUCUGCAUUUCAGAGCGGUACACCCUCUCUUUAAAUCCAUUGUUGACAAUCACUCCAGUGUAUGGGCCCAUGCAAACUUUCAGGAGAUAUGGCCUUCUCCAGUAAAUCGGUGGCUCUUUGAAAGGGCUGCAGAAAGUGGAAACUUUGAGGCGGCAAUAAAGCUAGGGAUAGCAUACCUUUACAAUGAAGGACUUUCAGUUGCUGAUGAAGGCCGUGCUGAAGUGAAUGGACUGAAGGCCUCCCACUUCUUCAGCCUUGCCGAAGGUUUGAAUGUUGAUGCAAGUCCCUUUGUGUGGCUGUUCAUUAGACCACCGUGGUCUCUGACUGGGAGUUGCUGUAAGGCCGUAGUCUAUGACAGUUUAAAGAACGAGUGUCUGUUACAAUCAGCUAAUGUUGCAUCGCUAACUUACUGUUUGGCCAAAGUUCUGAGUCUCUUUGAGGAUGAAGAAAGGCAGAAACAGGCUAUAUCAAUGUUUGAAGCAUCUUCUAAUCAUGGCUGCUUGCCAAGUUCUUUCUACCUCUGGGAGGGAAACCAUAAAGAAACAGUAGCUGAUCCUGGGAGGUAUCUCCAGAGCCUGAGGACAUUGCGUGAUUAUGCAACCAAAGGGUGCUGGGAAGCACAGUUGACGUUAGCCAAAACCUGUGGAAGUGCCAGCCUGUGUGGACUGAAAUCUAAACCUAAAGACCAUCUGGCCCAGAUUUUUCAGUCUUCCUAUCCAUCCUUCAAACAGAAAAUGUUCAAAGUACAAAAGGGCAUGAAUGACACAAUGAGGUAUAUUUUAAUCGAUUGGCUGGUGGAGGUGACCAGCAUGAAGGACUUCUCCAGCUUGUGUCUGCAUGUCACUGUGGCCAAUGUGGAUCGAUACCUAAUGCUGCGCUCUGUUCCCAGGGGCAGACUCCAGUUGCUAGGGAUAGCUUGUAUGGUUAUCUGCACACGUUUUAUUAGUAAAGAAAUCCUAACUAUUCGCGAAGCAGUCUGGCUAACGGACAACACUUACAAGUAUGAAGAUCUGGUACGAAUGAUGGGAGAGAUAAUUUCUGCGCUUCGAGGAAAAAUUAAAACACCUACUAUUUUAGAUUAUGCAGAAGUGCUACUGGCAAUAUCUCCGUUAGAAAGGCACACAAUGCAUCUAUUUAACUACAUCUGUGAGCUUUCACUGCUAUACACAGACAUCUCUGAGUAUUCCCCAGCCAUGACCACUGCUGCUGCCUUGCUGUUGGCUCGAGUACUCCACAAGCAAGCCCUCCCAUGGUCAAGCCAGCUUACAGAAUCUACUGGAUUUACAUUAGAGAAUCUAAUUCCAUGUGUUAUAACCUUGCAUAGAAAAUGCUUCCAUAAUGAGGUGCCCAAGGAUUACAGGAAAGUCUCUCUUACUGCUGUGAAGCAACGAUUUGAGGAUGAACGCCAUCAGCAAAUUAGCAAAGAAAAGGUAAUGGAUUAUGUUGAGCUGUGUAGUCUGCUAGGAAUAAAAGAGGAAAAUGAACCUUCAUCGCUUUCUGAUCACACCAAUCCUGAGAUCCACACAUUUUUGACGUCACCUUCAGGCAACAAAACAAAACGACGAAGAGAAGAUAGUUUUCGAGAAGACAGAGGCAACUUUGUGGCAACUCCUAUUGUUGAAUUGUCUAAUCAUGAGGACACGUUCCUGGGGGAUUUCCUCGAUUUGAGUUUAGACUUGUCCUGCACAGGGUAUGACGGAGACCAGGAAAGUGAAGAGGAGAAACAUGUUGAUGGUACCGAUGUUGCUGGGGUUGAGGCCGCAGUAGUGGUAAGUGGGAGUUGUGCAGGGCCAGAUGAAGAGAGUGAAGACAGCUUGAUGGGUGAACAGUUCCUUGCGGGGUCACAGAGAUGUAGCCGCAGUGAAUCUGCAGCAGCAUGGGCUUUCCAAGAGUUACAAGGGGAACUCAGCUCCGGAUACUCCUCUGUGACCAGCGAGAGCUCCUCCCGCAGCACGGAGAGCUUGCACGUGGUGAAUGAAUCAGAGCAGGAAGAUCGGGGCCGUAGCUUACCUCCUUCUCGCAGGAGGCCUAUCAAGCGCAAGAAUGGUGCAGAGCAUGAUAAAGAAGACUCAAACCUGGGUUUGUGUGUCUGAAAGAGAAUUGCUGUUUAAUUGGAAUGAAUUUCAUGAGUAAAGUAAUUGGUUCUGCACAAUGUUCUGAGGUUUGAAAAAAUCUAAAUUAAGAGGAAAUGCAUUGUACUAAAUUGUCCUAAAUGUUUUACAAUGGCAACUUGCCACAGUGGUGGGAGCUGACAUGAUCUGGCCUAUCGAUGACUCUUUGGCAAUGGUGCUGAAGUUUUUGUUUACAUUCCUAUAACAUUGGGAACAUUACAUUUAAACACAUUUAUACCAAUCUUUCCAAUGGUUUCUUCUAGCUUUAGACUUCCAACAUAAGACUUGAGUGUGAAACAAUUUAGUAUUGUACAAUUUGGUACAAUGUGCACAUUUCCUUAAAUGCCUAGUCAUAUCAAGUUUACUUAAGUAUUGGCCAAAAUGCCCAAUACACUGAACAAAUAAACUUUCAUUGUGCAUCUAGUUUGUUAUGUUAAUAUAUGGGUGUUGUGUUUGGCGUUGGGGCUGUUUGGGCAAUGAUUUGGUUUCCAGAUUGACGCAUGCUUCAUGUAUCAAUGGAAAAUGUGCUUUUCCAUAGCUCCCUGCAUGCAGCUGGAACCUGCACAGACCAAAGUCGCAAAUGCUGCCAUUUCUUGAUUCAAGGCACUGAAAUAGCACUUUUGUUUGUAGCCACUGCCUUUAAAAAGAAAACAAUAAUGUUAAGGAGACUCUAGAGUCACUACUGGCUGUUCAACACUAAAACUAAAGUUCAUUGUCUUGGUGUGAGACCAUGUUUACAGCUGUUUGACAAAACCACUUCAUCUUGUUGUUUUAAAGGUAAUUACACUUCUAACUAUUAUUUCUCCACAGCAUUGGGUCUAGCAAUAGAUGCAGAGGGAGGUCUGUUUGUACAGUGUCUGAUAUCUGGAAUUGGUCAAUUUAGUGUUUUUCUCAGCUGCAUUUUUGUCAGUGUGAGAAAAGUAUACUUCCAUGUAUUUGGGAACUUGUGCAUGUGGUCAUUUAAAUUGAUAUUAAGUGUGUACAGAUUGAUCAAAUGGAAGCCUACUGCAUUUGUGCUGAAGCUAUUGAUGGACUUGACAGUUAAAUAAUGCAAAUAAUCACUGCUAAAAUUGGAAUAUAGGCAAGCUGUGAAAAUGAAAGCUACAGUGCAACAAUUGUUGUAGUAGAAAGUUAUUCAGGGAACAUUUUGCAAAAAAAAUGCAUAGAUUAAAUUGCAAACAAGAAUUAAGACUUGAUGGGCAAUUGGCCCUGGAAAACGAGCAGGUGUAUAAACCAAACCAAGUGUUUUUUAAACUUUGGAUUAUGUUGACAACUGAGUGCAUUUUUAUUUGAAAUGAAUUUAAUUUCAUAGUUUACGUUUUCAUUGUAAAUGAAAUUCAAUGUAUUUUUGUAAAAAAAAAUUUAAAUGGCUGCUUUGUGAUCUCACUAUUUUAAAAUAAGGGGUCUGGAUAUGGAAAUAUGUGGUGGCACUUUAGAGUAUCAACUGGUUCUGUGGGGAAAAUUUACAAUGGUCAUUCUUAAGUUUUGUUUUGUUAAACAAAUCAUAGUAUCUAGCGUAUUGAAUCAAUACUGUUUUCUAACUUCAUGCUAUGCCCCACUUUGAGUUUCCAAUUUGCCUCUGAACUUGGCUGUUAAAUGUCAAACACACUCGCAGUUGGAGAAAAUCCAGACCCAAAUAUACCUGACUUGACACAAUGGCAGCUAUCAAAUUUGAGAAAGUUUCAUACUGGGAAAGUAAUUCAAAAUGUUAGAAUUACUACCUGAAUUUAAAACUUUUCUGGAACCACAGCCGCUUAUCUCUAAAUGUUAGUUCUGUAUUUGAAUGUCAUUCUUUGUUGCAUACACUUUCUCUUUGGCUAGCCUAUCUAUUUAAUAACUGUCAAAUGUAUACUUUCUUACAUGCAGUGUCAUAGUAAAGAUAUGUUCAAAGUGGUUAA